UCUCACAUUGAGUAUAUUUUCUUCCAGAUAACUUUUCAGUGGUUCUGUAUUCCUGAGUUCCUUAAGAUCACGCAAGAUGUCAGCGUUCUUCGUUCGCAAUGCUCGCAUGCUGGCUGCUGCCGGGGGAGUGGGCGCAGCAGCCGCCUCCGCCUGGUACUAUGGCAACCAGACCGUCGACGCCCGUGUGGGCGGGGCCAGAAAAAUGUACCCCCCAAGAACGUGCACCCGCUGCCUGUGGACCUCUGCGCCGCUGGCAGUAGCCUUUAUCCUGGGCUUCCUGACCAGCUCUGUCACCCAGCGCUACUCGUGCACGCUACGUGCUGCCGAGAACACACCCAUGAAACCUGCCAGAAAAAGAUACCCUCCUAGUGCUGACUUCCCUGACUUGAAAAAGCACAACAACAUCAUGGCCAGUAACCUGACCCCCAAGAUCUACGCCAAGCUGCGGGACAAGGCCACGCCGGCAGGCUACACGCUGGACCAGUGCAUCCAGACGGGGGUGGACAACCCUGGACAUCCCUUCAUCAAGACGGUCGGCAUGGUUGCUGGAGAUGAGGAGUCAUACGAGGUAUUUGCUGAACUGUUUGAUGCUGUUAUUGACGAGCGGCAUGGCGGGUACGGCCCCAAUGACAAGCAUCCCACCGACCUGGACUGGACCAAGAUCCGAGGGGGGAACUUUGAUGAUAAGUACGUGCUGUCCAGCCGUGUGCGAACCGGCCGGAGCAUCCGCGGUCUGAGCCUGCCGCCAGCCUGCACCAGGGCCGAGAGGCGCGAGGUGGAGCGUGUAGUGUCUGACGCCCUGGCCAACCUGGCAGGUGAGUUUGAGGGGAAGUACUACCCCCUGAACAACAUGACAGAGGAUGAACAGCAGCAGCUGAUCGAUGACCACUUCCUGUUUGACAAGCCGGUCUCGCCGCUCCUGACCUGUGCCGGGAUGGCCCGCGACUGGCCCGACGCUCGAGGCAUCUGGCACAACUCACAGAAGAACUUCCUGGUGUGGGUCAACGAGGAGGACCACACCCGGGUCAUCUCCAUGGAGAAGGGUGGAAACAUGGCGCGGGUGUUCCAGCGCUUCUGCGCCGGCCUGAAGGAGGUGGAGAAGCAGAUUAACGACAAAGGCUGGGAGUUCAUGUGGAGUGAACACCUGGGUUACAUCCUGACCUGCCCCUCUAACCUGGGCACAGGGCUGAGGGCUGGAGUUCACGUCAAGAUCCCCAGGGUGUCUAAGGACCCGCGGUUUGAGAACAUCCUGAAGGCCCUGCGUCUGCAGAAGCGUGGUACCGGCGGCGUGGACACCGCUGCGGUGGGCGGAACCUUCGACAUCUCCAACGCCGACCGUCUGGGCUCCUCGGAGGUCCAGCUGGUGCAGAUCGUGAUUGACGGGGUGGACCUGCUGGUCCGCAUGGAGAAGGAGCUGGAGCGCGGGCGCAGCAUCGACAAGCUCAUCCCGAAGGGCGACGGCCGCGGCCUGUAAAUGCUGACCAGGUCUCCAAGUCAACUCACAGUCAAGUUUUCAUCAUCGUCUAAAUAACCUCACACACACAGCAGAAUUUGUCGUGUUUCCCCAGAAAGUAACAAUGAACUGUCGUGCUUCAAUCAUGUUUGUUUGUUGACAAGAUAAGAAUUCAUAAUAUUAAUAACUACCUGUGCUUCCAACAUUCAUGAAUGUCUCUUAUAGAAGGAAAUAAAGAAAUUUAAAAAGUCUGUAAGUUAAAACCUACCAACCUUUAUGGUAAAGGGCUUCAUCUUAAUUCUGUUACGUGUUUCUCAAAACACACAAGAAAGGAUUUCAAAAGGUGCUCCUUUGGUCAUAUCUUUUACGGUGUUCAGGUCUGGAUAUGAAUGUAAUUGAGAGAUUUUUGUAGUGAUAUUGGACAACCCACUUUCAAAUGUCAUGGUAAAGAGCUUCAUCACCUUAAUUCUGGUACAUGUGUAUUCUCAAAACACACAAGAAAGGAUUUCAAAAGGUGCUCCUUUGGCCAUAUCUAUUAUGGUGUUGAAUGUCAUGGUCUGAAUAUGAGGAAAGUAACCGAGAGAUUUUUUGUGAGAUUGAACAUGGGAAUAGACUUUGGUAUCUUAAACAUUGAAGAAAAUCUAACAGUACCAACUCUGGAUCUCAGGAAAGACCAGAUGUAUCAGCAAAAACAAUCUGCUGCUUGGCUAUGAUGUUGUGACCUGCUUUUUUUGUUCUAUAAGUGAAGAUUACUGCUAAUGGAGAACUUGUGACCAUUCCUCUCCAUGUGUUAGUGCCAUGGCAUUGCUUUAUGAAUUGAUAGAGUAUAUCCUAGAAGAUUCUAUGCGAAUACAGGAGAUUCCUUUUUAACGUAAGACGAUUUAUGUUUGCCCGGUGGAGAGAGUUUAUAGUAUGUAUAUAUCUAUGGGCUGAUAAUAUUUACCCAUAUGAUAAUUUUUGCACAUUGUGUUUUAUUGUGUGGAAUUGUGUUGAAUUUCUGAGAGCAAUAUAAAGCCAUGUUGAUGUGUUGGAUAUUUGGGUACAGUUUUGACAACUGAUCUUUAUGUUUGCAAUGUUUGUUUUUUGUGUGUGACAAUUAAAUGCUGAACUAUCAGAGGACAAAGG